UACUAAUCCAGAGAACGUUAAAUAUUAUACGUUCUCUGCUAAUCUAUCACGUUUGACAUUUAUCUUAUAUACGGUUUUUUCUGACAAUCAGCUGUUAGAGUAGGCUGUCAUAUCAAAUUUUUAUUGUUUUUACUCGCUCGUCGGAAAGUAUAUAAUAUAAAAAUGGCUGCUUCAGAAACGGGUGGAGUGAAGCCCAUGUCCAUUGCAGGGCGCAUGGUGCGUGAGCGAGAGCGUUUGAUUGGCAUGUCAAAUGAUGAACGAGCAUGGCGCAAGCAGUGGUUGAAAGAUUUGGAGUUGCACCAUGGGCCUCGCGUAGUACCCGAAUUGGAAAAACAAUUACAGAACCCUAUUAAACGCUUCUACCGAUUCCCUCUAGAUAAACUUGGGGAAGCGCUAACACCAGUGCUGGGUACACAACGCGCGUAUACAAUACGUUUUUGGACUGGGAAAUUCGCUAUGGCCAUUGCAGCUAUUUACGCCGGUGCUUACUAUUUUAAGUAUAAUCAGAAUGACUGGACACGGAAAGGAGGCUGGCGUGUAAUCACUUCACGUCGCGUCUGCAACCCUGGCGAUGAGGGAUAUCCAAAAGUUUCGGACCGUACACAACCAUCCGAUUAUGCAGCUCGUGGAUUUAAACAAGCGGCAAUUUAAAUAAAAUAUAUUAAAUUAAAGAAAAUAAAAGAUUGAUAUAGAUGAAUUAUAAAUCUUUAAAAUGUUGAAAAUAAUGCAAUUACGACGAAUGAAUUCAAUACACUGUUCAGUCAACAA